UAAAAAUUGUAUCUUUAGUGAAAUUAUAUAACAUUAUUACGUGUAUAAUCAAGUGAUGUUUGAAAGCCGCGCCGUUCCAAAGAGCGCCAACUGCGCUGCUUCGCAUUGGUUUACGCAAGUUCCAUUUCCGCCCUGUCCAUUUCGUCAGCGUCUGUGCCGUUGUGCCGUUCCAUUACUAGUCUCCCGAUGACUUGUAUACAAUUAGUGGAUUAUAAUGGAUAACGGUGGUGAUAUAUUGCAAUUAUGCAGACUAUGUUUAGUUAAGGACCAAGUGAACAUACCCAUCUUCGAGGAACAGGGAGAUAUUCGACAAAUAUUCCUCAAGAUCAGCUCCUGUCUACCGGUUAAGGUCACACCAGAUGAUAAACUGCCGAAAAAAAUAUGCGAUGGCUGCUCAUGCAAGCUGGACAUGCUCUACGAGUUCUGGAACACGACCGCCAACGCGGAGAAGCAACUGGUCAGUUGGCUGGAUCAGGCCGGCCUGAAGGCGAACACAGAGACCGCCGACCAGACGAUGUCGGUGGUGGCGCAGCAAGUUUCGAGUAAACCGUCUGAGACGGUUGUCAAGGAGGAAGCCGCCGACGAGAUAUUCAUGGAGGAGAUUACCUUCUCGGAGAAAUGGGAGGAGGCUUCCUCAUCAGCCGGUCCAUCAGCCACAAUAACAUCUGAUGAACCACCACCUAAAAGGGCUCGACGGGCUGCUGCCGUAAGAGCUUCCUUGAAUGUUGCAGCUGAAUCUGAUGAUGAAGAUGAUCUCGACACUGAACUGACAAAGAUUGAAGACGAAAGUGAGGAUGAAGAUGACGCCGAAGUGGACGAUCCUUCCUACGUGGACGCGCCAUCAACCAGUGCCGACGACCAACCCGGCCCAUCUGGUGUUGGCAAGGACGGAGGAGAUGCACCGCUCCAACGAAAUGAAGGAACCCUUAUGUCAAAUCCAGCCAACCUGAAUGAUCCACCAAGCAACAAUAAAUCAAUACUCAAAACUACAACAACAUGUGAGAAUAAUAAUCUAGUUCCCAAUGUUGUCAAGGAUGUGGAAGUAUAUGCAACAAAUAGUGAGAUAAUUGAUAUUGAUGAUGAAGAUGAUGAUGAUGAUGGAACUACGUCAGCAUUAAAUAAAACAGUACAACUUAGUGAACUGAAAGUUUCCAUACCACGGAUUAAAGUAGAGUCAGUAGUUAAUUACGCCUGUGAUAAGUGCCCCAAAUUUUUUAGUGAUAAAAGUUUACUUAUUUCGCAUAAAGAGACACAUAAUAAUGGAGUACGAAGACGAAAGUAUUUGUGUUAUGUUUGCUCUCAAAACUUUAAAAAUGAGGAAGAUUUGGCUGUACAUAAGGCUCUACACUCAGAUGAGAAUAAGGAGGAUUCCAGUUCUGAGGAGGAGGAGGAGGAGGAGGAAUCGUCUGUGGAUGAGCCGUCUGAAGAGUUGUCAAAUGGUAGUGACAAUGAAAGUAAUUGCAGUAACAGUUCUGACACUAGAUAUGCUUGUGUCCAUUGUCCAAAUAAAUAUUUACAAAUGUCAAGCUUAAGUCGCCAUUUGAAAAGGGUACAUAAAAACGUACAAAGUACUAAUAAGGAUACAGGAAAAAGGGCCAAAAAAGCAGCAUAUACUUGUGACAUGUGCUAUGAUGAAUUUACUGAUUUGACAAAGUACAAUAAGCACCUUGACAUCCAUAAGGAAUUGACUUCUGGAAGCAAACCACCUGAGCCCAAAAAGACAUUGACUCCAAAGUGUGUGGUUCGCACGUUAGAUUUUAAGAAUAACUCCCCAAAACUCAGAUACAUUUUAUCAAAACCAAAACCUCCAGAGGUGCAACCUGUGGAAGACAAAUCGAAGGUUGCUUCUUCAGGUUUAAAACAAAAAAGAAAACAAAAAGUUGCUGUAACCAGUAAACAACGAAAAACUAAACUAAUUGAACCUCAACCACAGGUUAAACAUACGCGACGUAUAAAUAUAUUACGGACGUCUGCGAAGAAAUCAGAGGCUAAUUGCACUUCAACAACUGUUUCUUCUCAACUUUUUAAUUUAUUAACCAAAAGAAUUAAUGAUGAGUCGUAUAAAACAUUUCAACAGGAAGUACCCACAGGAAGCAAUGCUCCUUCAACAUCACAGCGCCCUGAGGCGCCAAAAGAAGUGAAUAAUCCAGAACCAAUUAUUUUGAAUAGUUUAUUCUCAACUCCAACCUCAGUGUUCUCAUCGCAAAAUUUGAUUUCUUUGCCUACCACAUCGAGUAGUUUUAAGGUUGUUAAAGUAAUUCCAAGUGUUUUACAACAAACAACACAGAGUAAUGCUAUUUCUGCACCAUCAAAUUUAAUCACCAACCCUAUUGUCACCAAUACAGUUCCAUUCACAUUUAUACCUCAGCAAUUAGGGUCUACAAUCAACCCUCAACCAACGUCGUCGACGUUUAUUACUCAGCCUCUAACGACCGCAUUUAUAUCGCAACCAUCGACGUCUGCGUUUAAUCCUCAACUGUUUACUUCAGCCUUUAUUCCCCAACAAUCAACGUCAACGUUUACUUCCCAGCAACCAACAUAUAUUCCCCAGCAGACAACGUCAACGCUUAUACCUCAGCAACCUUCAGUUAUUCCCCAACCAUCGACGUCAGCAUUUAACCCACUCUUACCGACAACCACCUUUAACCUACAAAGCACAAAUUUGCUGCCUAACCAGGCACCUUCGACUUCGUCCCACGUUGAUAGAGGAUUACGACCUAGAAUUCAGAUUGUGCCAACAGGUGAAAUGUUACCUCCAAAAGCAGCAUCUUCAUUGUAUGUACAGGUUGACUGUGGUCCCAGCGGGGCUCCUUCACAAUCACGAAGACGUUCACCUCCCCCUAUGUCUCGCCCAGUAUUAAAUAGAGGAAAACCAUCCGAUGAUGUACAGACCGUCCCAAGUGUGGAGAAUUUUGACUGCAACACUGAAAAGGAAUCGGAUCCCACUGAGUCAAUGACGGUACCUAUAAUUACUAAUGUUAGCAGCGAACCAGAUAAGACUACUGUGGAUGGUAAUAAAUCUGAGAAAGAUUUAUUGACUGUCCCCGACUUGAAGCUAACUGCUGAUGAAAGUGAUGAUGAUUUAGUAAUUGACGAACGAGAAGUUGAGACGGUUAGACCGUUUAUUAAGCUUAGGAAUAUAGACGAAUUAAUUAAACCAAAACAAUUAGACUUUACUGGAGGGAACUCACAAGAAAAACUAUCAACAGCGGAUCCUAUUCCAAGCACCAGCAAAGGAAGUACUAAAAACACACAGGAAGUUGCUCAAGAAGAGGAUAAGGACAAGGAGAAAAAGAAGAAGUGGAACUUCCCAAUUCAGUGUGAGUGUGGAACAAUCCUGAGACGAUACAGAUCUUGGCGCAAGCAUAACGAGUCCAAGAAGAAAUGUACGAUAGAAAAUUGUACUUACAUGUCUUGCAAGCCCGUCCUCCUAAAAUUACAUUAUGAAAAAGUUCAUAAAAUCCACUGCUGUUUUAAAUGCGACUUUAAAACAAACCAACAAUCGGCCCACCUCCAACAUAUGCUUGAUUAUCAUAAGUGCAGCUAUUGCCAGAGAUACGUCUCCGACUUAGCGUCGCAUAGAAAAAAUUGUAGGAAGCUUAAGUCAAACGGUAGGACUGUUUCAAAUGUUGCACAGGUUGCCAAUCCCGGAGUUACUCAAGUUAUUGAUUCCGGGUCUGAAUAAUUUGUGUGUUAAUGUAGUAUUGGACUUGUUUGUUAACGUAUUAUUUUGUAAAUAGUUUUCGUACGGAAGUUGUUCAUAAUUUUUUAAAUUCCUAGGUUUUCUAGUCAUAAGACUUAAAAUAUUUGUAAGUGACUUUUUAAUAAACGAAUUAUUGACAUGAGUUGGUUUUAC